AUGGCCUCCCAAAUAUCCCGUGAACAGAUAGAGAUACUGAGGUGUCAAGUUAAAGAACCGACAUCCGUUCUUUGCCCAGACUCUGAAGGGUACGAAAACGGCCUGGAAAGAUGGUCAGAAGUUGGAUUUCAACGAGCGGGAGUCGUUAUGCGCCCGACAAGUACCGAGGAUCUUGCAAUCACCGUGCUCUUUGCCAGAGACAACCGUGUGGACCUAGCAGUCAAGGGCGGAGGACAUUCCACAGACACCUCCUCCACGAGUGAUGGAGGUAUCUUGAUCGACCUGGGUGGCAUGAGACACGUUAGUGUCAACUCAGCCGACUCCACUGUCACUGCACAGGGUGGUGCACUGUGGAAGGAUGUGAACGAUACUGCUGCUCGGUUUAAUCUGGCCGUAGUUUGCGGCACGGCCAGCCAAACGGGGGGUGGGGGGCUCACUGUCCGCGGGGGAUAUGGGUAUUUGACUCCGGAGCAUGGGCUAGUCCUUGACAAUCUUCUCUCUGCAAAAGUAGUGACUGCCGAUGGAAAAGUCCUAAACGCAUCCGCGAACGAGCACCCCGACCUUUUCUGGGCAAUUCGGGGCGCUGGAGCGAAUGUCGGGGUGGCAGCGGAAUUGACGUUUCAGACUCACAAGCAGGCCAACAAGGUCUGGUGCGGCACCAUGAUGUUCACGGGCGACAAACUGACAGAAGUUGUCGAGGCACUCAAUGGUGCGCUGGUUCAUCCACAGAGGAAGGCUGCAGCGCAAUGUGUCUUCGGUUUAUCACCUGAUACGGGUGCCCCGGUUAUCACCACGGUCCUCUUCUUCAAUGGCCCCGAGGAGGAAGGGCGGGUGCAUUUCUCUAGCCUUGUUAACCUGGAAUGUAUCGGCAUGGACAUGGAGAUGAGACCCUACGCAGAGGCCAACACCAUGCUCGACGAUGCAAUGCCACCAGGCGGAAGGAAAAAGACCAUUGGGGUGAAAUUCGCUUCGACUAUUCGGCCUGAAUUCGCCUCGGAAUUGAUGGAAGAGCUCGGCCGCAAACUCGCCACAGCGCCCGAAUUGGCCAAAAGUUGUCUCGAGAUCGAUUGUUUUGAUCUUUUCAAGGUGUAUGAUGUGCCCGUUACCGAGACUGCCUUCCCAAGUCGAACCAAGACUCUCAAUGGGGCUAUUCUCCUGCAGUGGGUCGAUCCGAACAAGGACCAGGAGUUUGUGGCAUGGGGAGAAACAAUCCAGAAUAUGUGUGAUAAUGAGUUACGACGAGCCGGUCAUGAGCCGGAUAAGCUGGUAUCGACGUUCUUCGGCUACACGCACGAUGACAACAUGACACCUGAAGAUAUGUUCGGAGUUAAUUCUGAUGCCUUGAUCAAAGUGAAAAGGAAAUAUGACCCAGUCGAUGUUUUCAACAAAUUGAAUCCUCUUGGCUUGUCUGGUUAG